AUGUUAGCGCACAUAUCCCAUCAGCAGAGUUCUUACAUUUUCGGUAUACUCGUACACACAUCAUACAUAUUAAAUAUUAUCUCAUGUAAGGCGAUAUCUCACGAGAAGAAGUUAAAUGGUUACGUAUUAGAAGUGGACUCACACAACAACGACCUUUGUGUUAGCCGCCCUGCAGCCAAUGAUGAGUUCCAAAAUGUUGUGAGUUUGCUGAAGUGUGCUUCUAUGUGCUCCAGACGGCUGCCCUACUCGUGCGUGAGAUUCAACUACAAGAAGUCUGAGAGCCUGUGCGAACUCUACAACCACCAGAGAGACGACUACACAUUGGUUGCGUCAUCAUCACGUGACCAGUGCGUCUCCUACCUUAAUACAGCAUGCCUUCCUCCAUUCAGUCUAACGACGCCCAACAGCUUCUGCUACCACCUGCUCGUCGGAGCAUGGAACUUCCAAGAAGCUGGUGCAGCCUGUAGAGAUUUGAAUGCAGCUAGUCACGCAGUUGCUGUUGAUGACUUUGUAGAGAAUAAUGCAUUAAAAAAUUACAUGCUGUCUGUAACAACAACUUCUUGCAGACACCCAGUCGUGACUUCCUCCAUCUACAUCUGGACUGCAGGCAGACGGCAUGCAAACAGCAGUAGCAGCUCAACAACAACCACCACAUUCGCCUGGCAGCUGUCCGCCACAAACUUCCAAACAUUUGGACCGGAGCAAAGCUGGAUGGGCGGGGAGCCAAACUUCGAUGGGUCAUGCGUGCUUCUCGUCUUCAGCCUCCUGUGGAAUGACGAUGACUGCUCCAAGCAGUUGUGUGUCGUCUGCGAAAUUGAUGUUCUCUACUAA